AUGUCGCAAGGGUUAACUGAAAGUAAUGAAAAUUGUGUUUUUUAUGACGAAGAACGCAAUAGACAGUUUGAAGAAAAUGAAAGACAGAAAGAAACACUUAAUGACGAAGCAGAGAGAGAGAAAGAAACAGAAAAUGUUGAUGUAGAAGAUGUAGAAGAGAGAGAGGAAGAAACAGGAAAUGCUGAAGAGGAAGAUGAAGAUGCAGAGAGAGAGGAAGAAACGGAAAAUACUGAGGAGGAAGAUGAAGAGCAGGAAAAGUGGUGA